AUGCCGCUCGCCCAGCUCGCCGAGCCUUGGCCCAACAUGGAGCUGGUGCCGCUGGACACGGAGAAUGGGCAGGCUGCUCCAGAAGAAGGUGGGAAUCCUCCAGCCAAGGCAAAGUCAGACAUCCCUUGGAUAGAGAAGGACCUGGAGCCAGCAGACAAGGGUGAAGGUGUUGUGAAGGAAAUCAACAUCACCCACCACGUGAAGGAAGGUUCAGAGAAAGCUGAUCCCUCACAGUUUGAGCUCCUGAAGGUGCUGGGCCAGGGCUCCUUUGGCAAGGUUUUCUUGGUGAGGAAAAUAACUCCACCAGACAGCAACCACCUCUAUGCCAUGAAAGUGCUCAAGAAGGCAACACUGAAAGUGCGUGACCGAGUGAGGACAAAGAUAGAAAGAGACAUCCUGGCUGAUGUCAACCAUCCCUUCGUGGUGAAACUACACUAUGCAUUCCAGACCGAGGGGAAGCUGUACCUCAUCUUGGAUUUCCUCAGAGGAGGUGACCUCUUCACUCGCCUUUCCAAGGAGGUGAUGUUCACUGAGGAGGACGUGAAGUUCUACCUGGCAGAGCUGGCUCUGGGGCUCGACCAUUUGCACAGCCUGGGAAUCAUCUACAGGGACCUCAAACCUGAGAACAUCCUCUUGGAUGAAGAAGGCCAUAUCAAGCUCACAGAUUUUGGCUUGAGCAAGGAGGCCAUAGACCAUGAGAAGAAAGCCUACUCCUUCUGUGGCACUGUGGAGUACAUGGCACCAGAGGUGGUGAACCGCCAGGGCCACUCCCACAGUGCUGACUGGUGGUCCUACGGCGUGCUGAUGUUUGAGAUGCUGACUGGCUCGCUGCCCUUCCAGGGGAAGGACAGGAAGGAGACCAUGACUCUCAUCCUCAAGGCGAAGCUGGGCAUGCCGCAGUUCCUGAGCACCGAGGCGCAGAGCCUCCUGCGAGCCCUCUUCAAGCGGAACCCAGCCAACAGAUUAGGUUCUGGACCAGAUGGGGCAGAAGAAAUCAAACGCCAUCCUUUCUACUCCACCAUUGACUGGAACAAGCUGUACCGCAGGGAGAUCAAACCUCCCUUCAAGCCUGCCGUGGGGCAGCCAGAUGAUACCUUCUACUUUGACACUGAGUUCACCUCACGGACACCAAAAGACUCCCCUGGCAUCCCCCCCAGUGCAGGAGCACAUCAGCUCUUCCGAGGCUUCAGCUUCGUGGCCACAGGACUGAUGGAGGAUGGCAAAGUGAAGCCUGCCCAGCCCCCUCUGCACUCCGUGGUACAGCAGCUGCAUGGCAAGAAUGUGCAGUUCAGUGAUGGCUACGUGGUGAAGGAGGCCAUCGGCGUCGGCUCCUACUCGGUCUGCAAGCGCUGCGUGCACAAAGGCACCAACAUGGAGUACGCCGUCAAGGUCAUCGACAAGAGCAAGAGAGACCCUUCUGAGGAGAUCGAGAUCCUGCUGCGCUACGGACAGCACCCAAACAUCAUCACCCUGAAAGAUGUGUACGACGAUGGGAAGUUCGUGUACCUGGUGACUGAGCUGAUGAGGGGAGGAGAGCUGCUGGAUAAGAUCCUCAGACAGAAGUUUUUCUCAGAGAGGGAAGCCAGUUCAGUGCUGCACACCAUCUGUAAGACAGUGGAGUAUCUGCACUCCCAGGGGGUGGUUCACAGGGACUUGAAACCCAGCAACAUCCUCUACGUGGACGAGUCAGGGAACCCCGAGAGCAUUCGCAUUUGUGACUUUGGCUUUGCCAAGCAGCUGAGGGCUGAGAACGGCCUCCUCAUGACCCCCUGUUACACAGCAAACUUUGUGGCACCCGAGGUGCUGAAACGCCAAGGCUACGAUGAGGGCUGUGACAUCUGGAGCCUGGGGGUGCUCCUGUACACCAUGCUGGCAGGCUGCACCCCGUUUGCUAAUGGUCCCAGUGACACCCCAGAAGAGAUCCUGACCCGGAUAGGUGGGGGGAGGUUCUCCGUCAGCGGAGGCAACUGGGACACUAUUUCUGACAUGGCCAAGGAUCUGGUGUCCAAGAUGCUCCACGUUGAUCCUCACCAGCGCCUCACAGCCAAGCAGGUCCUGCAGCACCCCUGGAUAACCCAGAAGGACAGCUUACCCCAGAGCCAGCUGAACCACCAGGACCUCCAGCUUGUCAAGGGGGCCAUGGCUGCCACCUACUCUGCACUGAACAGCUCCAAGCCAAGCCCCCAGCUGAAGCCCAUUGAAUCCUCCAUCCUGGCACAGAGGAGGGUGAAGAAGCUUCCUUCCACCACACUGUGA